AUGAGCGUGUUAUCUCUGUCCUCGUCUUUCCUCAGAGAGCUCCAGCGCAAUAAGUCUCUGUAUGCUAUUCUGCUUUUAGGCUUAACUGCGUAUUCGGUUGUUCGCUACAUCAGAAGCCCCUAUCGCAAGCUUCCUCCAGGACCCAAGGGCUAUCCCAUCAUCGGCAAUUUCCUGAAUAUUGGUGAGAAACAAUGGCACGUAUUCACUGAGUGGAAGAAAGUCUAUGGCGACUUUGUGUAUUUCAAGGCUCUUGGCCAGCCGAUGCUUGUUUUGAAUACUCAGAAGGCAGCAGCCGAUCUUCUUGAUAGGCGCGCCGCAAACUAUUCGGAUAGGCCCCCACACAUAGUUGCUUGCGAAAUCCUAACGGGAGGUCUUAUUCUUGGUUUCACGCGUUUCGGAGAUCUUUGGCGCCGCAUGCGCAAGGCUGGCAAUGAGGGACUUCACAAGGGCGCUGUGCCCAGAUACUACCACAAGCAGACUAUCGAGUCUAUUACCCUCGCUCUUGGCAUGGUUACCGAGCCUCGCCUGUGGGAUCGACAUGUGCGCCGCACUUCGGCCUCUACUACGCUGGGCAUCGUCUACGACGCUCCUACGAUCGCUUCGGAGCAUGACCCCCAUGUUAGACGCAUUAACGAGUUUGUGGCACGCUUGACGCGGGCUGCUCUUCCUGGCGCUCAUUUCGUAGACUUCUUCCCGUUCAUGAAGUAUAUUCCGAGCAGGUUUGCCAAAUGGAAGCGCGAGGCAGAGGAGUGGUGCGUACGCGACUCAGCCAUGUUCGAAAGUCUACUCAGCGGUGUACGCUCUCGGAUGGAAAAGGAGGGAGGAUUGGUUAGCCUAAGUGCUACGUUGAUUAAAGACCAAGCGCGGGUCAAUUUGAGUGAGCAUCAGAACGCCUGGGUUGCUGGAAGUGUCUAUUCUGCGGGAACGGAGACAACAGCCAGCACCAUGGCCUGGUGGAUGCUUGCCAUGGCCACGAACCCCGACGCUCAGAAGCGCGCGCAGGCUGAAAUUGAUACUGUCGUCGGUCGCUCUCGUCUCCCAAGCUUCGCCGACUUCGAGCACCUUCCGUAUACUCGUGCCAUGGUUAAAGAAGUCUUGCGUUGGAGGCCUGUCGUCCCUGUUGGCUCGCCGCAUCGAUCGAUCAAAGACGAUUGGUACGAAGGCCACUUCAUUCCCGCAGGCACAGUUUGCAUCACGAACGUUUGGGCUAUCAAUCACGACACGACGAUCUAUGGCGAAGAUGCGGCGCUGUACAAUCCUUCUCGCCAUCUUGAUGAACAUGGCCGUUUGGCGCCGAGUCCCCCUGACACAAAGGAGCAGAGCCAUGCGACUUACGGAUUUGGUCGCAGGAUAUGUCUCGGCAUGCACGUUGCGAACAACGCCUUGUUCAUGUACAUCGCCAUGGUGGUGUGGGCUAUGAAUAUUGAACCGAUCACAGGUGCCAACGGGAAGCCGCAGGAUUUGGACGUCUACGCUGAUAUCGAUGAUGGACUUGUGGUGAAACCUCCGCCAUACGAGUACAAGAUCACGCCACGCUUCCCUGAUGCUGCGGCGAUGUUGGAGCAAGCUAAAGAGACGAUGGGUAAUUGACCCAUGCGGCUUAGAGUUCAUGGGCUCGUCAUAUGCUCCCUUUUUGUAAGAUAGAUGCAGUAGGUUCACAGAGAACGACGAUGUGUUUAAGCAUGUCCCUAUGCAGAAAGUGUGUCUC